GAUAGGAUGUUAAAGAAAAGUUAAAAAUUGUUUAAAAUAUGAGUGAUACAAGAAUCAUUGAAUGCAAAAGAAAGGUUAAAGAAUAGAACCGAAAAUUGAGAAUGAAGAAGAAUUGAAUAGAAGAACGGAAAAUGCAGUUAACUGCAUCUACAGCUACGCCUACACUGUCCAAAUAAACAUUCAAUUUCCUAGAAACUAAUGAAGAAAACUCAAUUCUUUUCAAUUUCCAAAAAUGGAAGAAAAGAAAAGAGAUAAACUUGUCCCUUUCUUCGUCCCUUUGUUGUGCGGAGAAUUGACAACACUUGUCACCUCCUUCUCUUUCUCUCUCUCUCUCUCUAUGUUUAUAUAAAACUAAAAUCUCUAAUUUCAAUAUUAUCAGGAGAAAGAGAAACAUACCCAAGAAGACAAAGAUGAAGCUCCUUUGGUCUCCAGAAACAGCUUCUAAAGCUUUCAUAGAUACCAUUAAAUCUUGCGAGAAUUUCGAAGAAUUCGGCGUCGCCGAACUUCUCUCAGCCAUGGCUGCUGGCUGGAACGCCAAGCUGAUUCUGCACGCUUGCUCCCCCGCAGCCGCCUCCUCCGCGGUCACCACCAUUGGACUUGCUGUGGCCGCGCGGCACACCGGCGGACGGUACGUGUGCGCGGUGGUGGACGAGAGGGCAAAAUCGGAGUACGUGAAGAACUUGCAGGAGGCUGGUGUUUCGUCGCCGACGGAGGUUAUUGUUGGAGAGGCAGAGAUGAUAGGAGUGGACUUUGUGGUUCUGGAUUGUAAGCGGAAGGAUUUCGGUAGGGUUUUGAGGUUGGUGAAAGUAAGCGAGAAAGGGGCGAUUUUGGUAUGUAAAAGUACGUGGCCCAGAGAUUUCGAGAAGCUCAUACCCAAGGGAACACGUGUGGUUAGGUCAGUGAGCUUGCCGGUGGGUCAGGGGUUGAGUAUUAUUCAUAUUGGAUCUUCCAACGGCGGAGCCGGGAACGGUGGCGCUAUGAUCUCGACGAGCAAGUCCAGGAGCCGUUGGACGAUGCACGUCGAUGAGCGUUCCGGUGAAGAACACGUGUACCGGGAGCGCAUCUAAACUGAUCUUUUGGAGGGAGUGGUUAAUAACUGAGACAAACUCACAGAAGAUAAUACUUCGACAUGAUCAGGGUGAACACAUAAAUCAAUUUUGUCCAUGUUGGAGCCAAAGAAUCAAACCCGAUCAUUUGGUUUUACAAACCACAAACAUGGCAGAAUAAAACUAAUUGAUCGGCUUUAUUUGAAUUUUAUUACCGAUUUGGUGUUCAUUUUUUAACGUUUUCUUUUACAUUUCUCUUUUCAUUUUCACUUUGUUUUAUUGAAUCAUCUCCUUCUACUAGUCCUAAAUUGAAAUGAAAGAGCCUGUUCUACUUUCUAUGAAUUGGAAUUUAGCUUUCGAAACAA